AUGAGUUUUCAGACUCAGGGUAACCUCGCCACUUUACCAGGUACUGGUAUUGGCCUAGACGACGACGUCGUUUCAGUAGUCUCUCGACAUGAAAUUGACGACACCCAUGCUCAUCGAGCAAAGUCGGUGGCGGCCGGUGUACCGGUGGAGGCCCACGAGAAAUUGGUUCUUGAAGUAUCGGGUCUUCAAGAGGCCUUGGGUAAGUCCCAGUGCAUGAUGGAUGCGAUGCAAAGCCGCCUUCAGGCGAUGGAGCAAGCUCAAACUCAGAGCGAGGCUCAGUUGGACUUGCUGAUUCGCCUGCAGCAAUCCGGGGCAGUGCCCUUGUCGUCGGCGCAAGCGCCUCCAUGGGAAGGAUCCCGGUACGGCUUAAGUAAGCCUACGUAG